GAGUUUUGCGUGACACCACAUGUUACUAAGUCAGCGAAACGAAAAGGUUGGCUCAAGAAAUUCACUCGUUAGGAACGAACGCUUGUCCGACAACACUUCGAACGCGGAAACAUGAAUUUUAAAAAUGUAGUCCUACUGCUCCUUUAUUCCUUUGCCUUAUUUCAAGGCUUUCAAGGAGAGGCAUGCGAUCCAAAGCCUAUGAUAAUGCGACAUGAAGGCAAGAAAGAGUGCGUGUAUCUUGACACGAAGGGCAUCAAAACCAUCGGUGUCGGCUUCAACAUGCAGAACAAGGAAGCACCAGCAGUGUUUGCAUCGAUCGGAGCCGAUUAUAACAAGUUUAUCAGCGGCCCUGUGACCAAAUGGAGUGCUCCUUGUAAUUGCUCUACAGUCCCUUGUCUCACUGAAGGGCAGAUAGAAGAGCUGUUGGAUAUAAGCUUGAAGACGGCUAUUGCUGACGCUCAGACAGUGAUUCCAACGUUUGCGAGUCUUUGCUGUCCCGUGCAGAAUGUGAUGGUCGACAUGUCGUUCACUUUUGGCGGACCGAGAUUUGCUCAGUUCACAACAUUUUCAAAGCUUGUCGUACGUCAAUACUGGAAGGCCGCCGGUGAUGACUUGACAGUUUCGCUUUGGUGUACGCAAGCUACAGCUCGGUGUAUGGAAGACGCUAACAUUGUCAGAAGUGGAUGCGGUUGCUCCCAGCCAUAUCCGCAGUCUUGCGACUCUCAAGGAUCCACCUGUUGUGCCAGUGCCACCCAACAGACCUGCUGCAAAGGCACCUUGACUUUUAAAAGCAAAACAUUUGAUGAACAGUUGUGUUGCCCUCAGCCUAAAGCGACUUGCUGUGAGCACGACAAAUGCUGUCCAGAAAACUCGGUCUGUUGCCCUGCUCCGCCCGCGGUGCCUACUUAUUGCUGCCCAAUGGAUUACCCAGUGUGCAAGGAUGGAGAGUGUUAUAGAGCACGUGAUGGGCUCAUGAUCAAAGGAAAGCCCGUCGCUCAAGGAUUUGUCUCACCAUGAUCUUUUUUGGUCAAGUAUUGCACUGUCGCUAAAGUUUACAGGUUUAAAAAUGUUCUGAUCUGUGAGUUUUUCACCCAUCGAGGAAGAAAAACCGCUAGGUAUUGUGGAACUGUAGGCUUUUAUUCUUUGCAAAUCUAAAAUAAAACCUAUUAGAAAAAACUGCG